UUUAUUUAAAAAAGAGCAUUGAGUAAUUGCUAUAUAUAUUCCAUCCCCCUGAGACCCUCAAUUUCCAUUCAUUUCACUCCUAACCCCAAAUCUCUCUCUUAUUUUCUUUUUCUUCCAUUUCUCUCUUAAAUCAACCAACAAUUCCAAUGGACGCAAGCUCUAUAGACGAAAGCACCGCCAGUGACUCCACCUCCGUUUCUCCCGUCACCCCAUUACUCUUCCACUCAUCGCCGUCGCCUACGGCGGAAGCAGAAUCCCGUAAACUUCCAUCUUCUCGUUUCAAAGGAGUCGUCCCUCAGCCCAACGGCCGCUGGGGCGCUCAGAUUUACGAGAAACACCAAAGAGUAUGGCUCGGCACUUUCAACCAAGAACACGACGCCGCCAAGGCUUACGACAUCGCCGCCCUCCGCUUCCGCGGCCGCGACGCUGUCACCAACUUUAAACCUCUCCGCCACGACGACAACGCCGCCGUGGAAGCCGACUUUCUCAACUCCCACUCCAAGCUCGAGAUCGUCGACAUGCUCCGCAAACACACUUACAAUGACGAACUCCAGCAAAGCAAGCGCCACCGGGGAGCCACGGCGGCGACGGCGGAUUCAGCCUCCGGGUCGUUCCCCAAUUACUCCGGGUCAGAUUCGAAUCGGGAAGUUCUGUUUGAGAAAACCGUGACGCCGAGUGACGUGGGGAAGUUGAACCGGCUGGUGAUUCCGAAGCAGCACGCGGAGAAGAAUUUCCCGAUGGGAGACGGCGUUGUUUCCGGGAAAGGAAUGCUUUUAAACUUCGAGGAUAUGGGAGGGAAGGUUUGGCGGUUCCGGUACUCGUAUUGGAACAGCAGCCAGAGCUAUGUGUUGACUAAAGGCUGGAGCCGGUUCGUUAAAGACAACACUCUCCGAGCCGGAGAUGUGGUUCGGUUCCUCCGUUCUACUGGACCGGAUAAACAGCUUUACAUUCAUGCUAACCCAACCCCUGGACCGGGAAUUAACCCGGUUCAUGUUGUGAAGCUUUUUGGAGUCAAUAUUUUGCAAUUGCCUGUGGGGAAAAACACUACUAAAACAGAAGGGGUAUUCUUGGAAUUACAUCCUACCAAGAAGCAAAGAAUAAUCAAACCUUUGUAACAUAUAAUCAAUGUAUCUUUUUUGUUUUUACGUAGUUGCUGCAACCUGACUUGUAUUAACCCUAAAAAGACAAGAUGACAACACAUUUCUUUUUCUUUUU